AUGAGUCACGACCAGCACCAUCAUCAUCAGGCUCCAGAGGUAUAUCCACCACCACCACCUUCCGAUGCAGUUCACGGAAACAGUCAAGGUGGUCCAUAUGUUGUUGCACCACCAGUUGCUUACCCCAUGAAACAUGAUGGUCCUGAAUACCCCCACCAACCACCUACCUACCCCGAGAAACAACAGCAACCUGCAGAGUCUCAUCAUCGUAGGAGUGAUGGAUUUUGCACAAGAUGUUGUUUUGCCAUGUUGAGCUGUUUAUGCGACUCGUGCUGCGUGCCGUUAGGUAGCGAAGCUUACCUUUCCAAUCGCACACGGUAG